UCUGGCGGCAACCGCCACCGGCCGUCAUGAAGGCCCGCUGGCAGCAACUUCUGUGGCUUGCAGGUUUGUUAAGGGCGGCACAACCAGCGGACAACUGCUCGGAGGCAGACUGCAGCAGUACUUCCUCGCUUGCACCGGCAGGAUGGACGGAGAGCACAGAUCGAACUGUGCUACUGGCGGAGGCGACAUACAAUGACACGACAACCGCAUCGCUGACUGCGAGUACCCCAUCGCAACACGAAGACGCCUUCCAAAGGCGCCUGAGCAUGCUGCUUAAGGAACAGAAGCUGGUACUUGCACCGGCGCCCGACGCCAACAACCGGCGUCGACGUGCAGCCAUGCAGAAAGCUGCUGAAGUCUGGGCGCUGUUCCGUGGAAAGCAUUCGAUCGAUUCUGAGCUCCAGAAAAGCCGUCAUCUGCCGGAAAAGAACGAGUGCGAGGAGACUGUGUACCGAGGGAUUACGUGGCCAGCCACGCCACCGGACAAGUGCGCUGAGAUGGACUGCCCCACCUGGAAUGUCGGCAUUAUGACGUGGUGCUGCAACUCCAGGGGUUACUGGAAGACUCAGAGCCCUAACACGGCACAGUGCGUGCAGCCUUCUGUCCUGUUGCUCAAGAGCCAGAUAACAGCAAGCUCGAAGAAGUACUUAGCCGACAUCAUCGAGACCGUGAGCGACUUCGUCAGCAACAACUCGCUAGAGGUUGGCGGCGACCUGGUGGCCAUCGUCGAUCUUCUAGACAUGGGCGUGGUGCGAAGUGACACGGGCGACAACUACCCCGGCCGCAUCGCCAGCGCGGCUCAGGCACUGCGGGUUGGCGGUCUCACGGCUUCUACGGUCGAUGAACUGCUUAGCCGCGACAAGCCCUGGAACGAAGUGCCCGUGCAAACACGCCACAGCUGCGCCACAACUUUACUGCUGAUAAUGGAUGUCGCCGGAAUAAUCUUGAGUGCUGCCAGCAGUGAACAAAAGAUCCUCGCUUUUAUAAAUUUCCAGAUGAACAUAAUUUCAAGCACGACGACGCACAUUGCCAAUCAGACAAUGCUUUUGCCGGCGCCUGGCAACAACCUCAACCGAACGUACAGCACUGCGCAGCUUCGUAUAGCCCGCAGCUCCAGCGGGGCCGAAGAGGAUUCGCGGGGCGGCGACGACGAGGCAGGCGACGUUGUGAUCGUGUUUACCGAGUUCCCGCGCCUCGAUAAGCUCCUCCUCGACGACGGGGUGGACGCCGAGGAUCCUAAACAGGAGCUGAACUCUCCGGCCAUCAGCAUCCGGGUGGGCAGCGAGGCACCAGGCCUGGUUCUGGGCGCGCACGUCGAGUUGGCUCUGCCCAUGCUGCACUACGAGGCGGAGAACCCAACCUGCGUCUUCUGGGACACACUCAUCAAUGAGUGGAGCCCCGAGGGUUGUCAGGUUGGGAGACGUAACGGCACUCACGUCAUCUGCUUCUGCCAGCACCUGUCCAACUUCGCCGUGCUCAUGGACCUACGCGGAGCCCUGUCACGAGACGAACGGUCCACGCUGCCCCUCAGGGUCAUCACCUGGGCAGGUUGCAGCGCGUCCGUUCUCUGCCUCUGCCUCUGCGUCACUGUGUUUGGCUGCUUCAGGUCCCUCCGCAACACUCGCACAUCAAUUCAUCUGAACCUGUGCAUCUGCCUCCUCGUUGCGGAAGUUGUCCUCAUGUUCGGACUCGACCAAACCAAGCACAAGGUAGAGAUUGCAACCAUCUGCAACGAACUGAUCUACGCUUUUUCAACGCUUGCUGUCCUGAUAGAAGCGGGUUACGUGAAAUCGCCUCUGUGUUCAGCUCGAAAGCUCACUGGCUUCUUUUAUUCUCGAGAACACGAUAAGAAGUCAUCUCUAAACAUAAAAAGUGGAAAGCACCACUAGAAAAAAAAAUGUUAUUGCACUGCACUAACCUCCAAAUUUGCGUGCUUUUGUGACCUGGCAUCGUCUGUCAUAAAGACACACAGUCACCAUGCAUUUAGAAAUUCAACGUUAACCUAUAAAGCUUGUGUGCUCUCAAGGUUAAAAGAUGGCGGGAAAGCGCACACCUACAAAUAGAAAGAUGUCCGUGUCGUAGUAUCUUGUGCUUAUACUUUUCGUACAUAGCGUGCAAUACAGCACUCUUUUGCGCACACUUCCUGAAAGCACGUUGUAUUAUUUUUAGUCCUACUGAGGGAAUUAUUACAUUUAGGGCCAUGAAAAUUAAUGUGUGAUGUACUAAGUUCGUUCCUUGACUUUUAGUCGAGCGGAAACGUGCGCAGUCGUGCACUAGCGAGACCAGGUGAACAUUAUUUCUCUUCGGUACACUGCAGUCACGCGGAUAUAUGUGGCACUUAAUAUGUUGUUCCUGCAAGUUGAUGUUGUAAUAAUAAAGUGCUGUUUUGAAUAAAGCAUUCUUGAAC